AUGGCUUCUGCAGCAGCAGAGGCGGAGAAGGGGUCUCCAGUUGUGGCGGGGCUGCUGGUCGUGGGCAACGUCAUUAUUCUGCUCUCAGGCCUGGCCCUGUUUGCCGAGACGGUAUGGGUGACAGCCGAUCAGUACCGUGUAUACCCACUGAUGGGCGUCUCAGGCAAGGACGACGUCUUCGCUGGCGCCUGGAUCGCCAUCUUCUGCGGCUUCUCCUUCUUCGUGGUGGCCAGCUUUGGUGUGGGCGCAGCGCUCUGCCGCCGCCGGUCUAUGAUCCUCACGUACCUGGUCCUCAUGCUCAUCAUCUACAUCUUUGAGUGUGCCUCCUGCAUCACCUCCUACACCCACCGAGACUACAUGGUGUCCAACCCAUCCCUGAUCACCAAGCAGAUGCUGACCUUCUACAGUGCAGACACGGACCAGGGCCAGGAACUGACCCGCCUUUGGGAUCGCAUCAUGAUGGAGCAAGGAUGCUGUGGCACAUCUGGUCCCAUGGACUGGGUAAACUUCACAUCAGCCUUCCGAGCAACUACUCCGGAGGUGGUGUUCCCCUGGCCCCCACUGUGCUGUCGCCGGACAGGAAACUUCAUUCCACUCAACGAAGAGGGCUGCCGCCUGGGCCACACAGACUACCUGUUCACCAAGGGCUGCUUUGAGCACAUCGGCCAUGCCAUCGACAGCUACACGUGGGGCAUCUCGUGGUUUGGAUUUGCCAUUCUGAUGUGGACGCUCCCAGUGAUGCUGAUGGCCAUGUAUUUCUACACCACGCUCUGA